AUGGACCAGCAGUACUCGACCUCGAAAGUUACGGUCGAGUACUUCGAUCCCCAUGAUGUGUACAAACUCAUCGCUCCGGGAUUACUGCCGCUGCUGCCUCUACGAAACCUCAAUUGGAAGUCGCACGCUGGCCCCCCGCGAUCCAUCAACACCCUUCACGUCGACCUUGUCCCUGCCGGAGGAAAUGCCGCCGGUAGCGCAGCCGCCGCCACCCUUUCCCCAGUAGCUUCUCCGCAACCCAAACACGGGUUUGAACCCUCAACACACGAUAACCUCGAUGGCUUCCAAACCCAGACUCCUGGUGGUCUUCCAGCCUCUGGAGAGCAUGCCGACCAACUCGCGGCGGCGCCUCCACCGCCUGGUCGAGAACGACGCCAUCAGAUUCCCGGGCUCCGCCGAACACCGUAUCUAAAGGUCCUCUUAGUGCGGUGCGAUGAUAACGAUUCGUACAAGGCGCAAACGCGCUCCGAGAUCCGCGACUGGCUCAAGCAGAACACGCCCCCGCAAAGCAGCAAAAAGGCCAGCAAAGCCGAGAACCAUGACGCCUUCGAAUGGCUCAUCGUCCAUGUCGUCAUCCCCAAUACCGUCGCGGCCACCCAGCCGAGGAUCACUGGCAAAAGUGACGCUGCCGACGCCAAGGUCGCCUCACGCUGGAGGGGUAGUUCCACCACUCUACUCGAGAAGUUGAUGACCGACUUCAACACAACCAAAGGCCCUGUGGAUAGAGUGGCCCAAAUUCGCAUUGGGAUCAACGACGUACCCUAUGACAUUCUCCCAAGGGUCGUACCAGCAGUGCCUACUGGGUACACAGAGACUUCGCAAGAUGUCGAAAAUGCUUGGGCUGACCUGAUUGGCAAGAUGAAGGCAUGGAUCUUGUCAUCGUUUGACAUGCGGGUCAGCCAAUACGAGGAGGAUAUCAAGGAGAAGGAUGCACAGCGCAAUCUCCCAGGAUGGAACUUUUGCACAUUCUUCAUUCUUAAGGAGGGACUGGCGCGUGGUUUCGAAAGUGUUGGUCUGGUAGAAGAUGCUCUGGUUGGCUAUGAUGAACUUAGCGUUGGGCUUGACGCAAUAAUUCACGGCCAGGCUGGAACCCAGGCCGCAGAAACACAUGGGGGCUCGCUGCUCCCUUAUACCCAAGAAUUGAAGUCUAUGGCACAGAGAGCAGUAGCGGCAGCGAGAGACGAGAGCAUGGACCCCGACGACGACAAUGAGCUGCCAGUCGAUCUGCAAGCUGGUAACCCUAAUACAAAAGCGAGUCGAGGAGUGGGUACAACGGCAACGAAUGCUAUUCCGGAUUCCUUCGACCAUGAUGUCCUCAUUAGUGCAAACAAGAAACCUUACCGUGAGCUCAUCCUCGCCAACAACGUAUCUGUGUUUGACUUCAGAUGCUAUAUUUUCGCCCGCCAAAUAGCCCUGCUCUUCCGCCUGGGUAAUGCGACUGCGACCAGGGAAGAGCUCCUUGCCAAGACAAGGGAACAGCAAGAAUACCUGCUUCACGGAGUCGCACCCCGGACACCCGCUCUUGUGGAUAACAAGCAAAACAAUGAUACAGAAAACCUCUCCAUGCUAGCCGAAGUCUGUCGCAGGACAUUGGAGUUUAUUCCCUCUGUGUCAACGGUGAUGCGUCAGGACUUGAUUGCAGCUCUCGGUGAAACGGGCACAGAAGAAGAGCAGCAUCCAGCGUCUGGCAAAACGUUUCCGUCUCCUCGCUUGAUCGAGGUGGUUGACAACAUCGUUUCCUCAUUUGCAUUCUCUGCCGCUCAACAGAUCCUUGCGCAAACAUCCACCAAGGCGUUGCCAAUACCAGAACCAAGUGCGGCGGAACAUGACAACACGGAGCAGAAAACCAAGAUCCCGGAGCUCAAGGACCAUGAUGAAUCCGGCAAGAAGCUCUUCGUUGCACGGAAGCCUCGGGGCACAUGCGCAACAAGGCAUGGGGACUGCGCAGGACGUGCAGAGCUUUUCACUCUCUCGAGGAACAUCCUUGAGGAAUGCGGAAAGAAGUGGGGAUGGAGUGACGGCUGGGAUUCCGUUCCACUGGUAGGGGAUCCCGAAAUUGACGACAUGGAAGACAUAAACCUGGAUGAUGAGGAUAGCAACACAUCGACAAAGCAGGCAUCGGCUCCAGCAACACAGCCAUCCCCUUCUUUGUUCGGGCUGGGGACACGGCUCUUAUGGACAGCACUUGACAGCAAAGACGACUUCUACCGACUGUACGAGACACUUACUCUCAAGGCGCUUCGCCACUACAUAGUCGCGAGUCACUUCAACUCGGUCAAAGCGAACAUGGUUGAUAUGGCAGUUCUCAAGUUCCACCUGGGGGAGUUCCGUGAGGCCGCAAAGUACUUCAUGGACACGAUUCCUUUCUUUGGAGAAAGAGGUUGGUCUCUCCUUGAGCUAUCGCUGUUGGUUAUGUACUGCAAAUGUCUCGAGGAGCUUGGGCAUCAAGACGACUACGUCAAGGUCGCUCUGAAGCUUUUAUCCAAAGCAGCGAUGGCAGAGCAUCAGCGCCUCCAGCAUCGUCGUCGACCUGGAAAAGCAGCCGAAAAGGACAAACCCACCACGUAUCCCGAAAGAACUGCGAUAAGAGGCUUUCUUCCCAGUGUGCUUCAGAUCACUAAAGGGUUGACGCAUGAUGUGCUGGUUCCUUUGCGCGAUUUCUUCUCCGAUAUUGCCUUUGAUGGCGCCCCCGCUUAUCAUGAUAUGCAAGACAGCUUCUCGGUAUGCCUGGCUAUGCACAGUCUACUUGUCGAUGAACUGGAACUCGACCAUGCUCAAGUCAAGCUGCGAUGCAAUGCGAAUGGGGGACUGAAAAACAUUUCGCUUGCGAACUCUUCACAAGUUUGCAUCAAACCCGGCAGAAACAAAGUGGAGCUGACAUGCAAUGUAGCUGUCGCCGGCGACUACGAAAUUGAAGAAAUCCUACUGCGCAGUGGCAAGCUUCAGUUUCACCUCGAAAGGGAACCGGCCUUCAAGACCCUCAAGGGCACAAGGGGCAACACGCAUGGGGAGAUUGUGACCAAUUCCAAACUCAGCGUCUUCCAGAGGGCGGGGUCCUUGGAUAUUCGCCUCCUGCCUGCAAAGCAGAUCCAGCUUGACAAGAACAGCUCUCUUGAAGUUGAACUGGCCACCGGCUGGAACAAGACAAGGACGUGUGAUGUCCGGGUCAAAGCUGCCACGGGAGGUUUGAGGCUCCUUGUGUUCGAAGGAAUACUUGUCAAUGGCAAGAAAGAAACAAAACUCGAUCCCCCAGAAGGUGGAUUGUUUCACCUCGGGGCACUGGAGGAGGGAUCAAGUGUCCGACUUCGUUUCCCCUACACGGUCGAGCAAGAUGUACCCGCCAUCGCCAUCAGAGUCGAGGUCAUGUACACGACCAAGGAAGACGGGCCGGUGUACGAGUUUGCAAAAACCCCGUCCAUCAGCAUCUCCUUGGCCCUAGGUGUCAACGUGCAGGAUGUUUUCAAGCACAACGCCCUCUUCUCGCGCUUUACGGUUACAACGGCGAGUGCCAGCCCUCUGAGAUUGUUUGCGAGCGAAUUGUUGGAGUCGGACCUGUUCGCAGCAGACCUUGAUGGCACCCCACCCCAAUCGGUUGACGAUACGUAUCCCAUCACUGUCUUCCCAGAGCAACCUGCUAGUUUACUGUACAAGAUGGUGCGGAAACGUGGAUCUACAGUCACGGGGAAAGGCACAAGCAAGACCAUGUACCUCAAACUUACAUACAGCGUGGUGCAAGAUGAGAUCGAAAGCCUCGUGGAAACUUCUCUUAUGCAGGCCUUCGAGUCGGACGAGGCUUUGGGGAAGUCGCUCUCGACAUACUCGCGACUAGUGACUGGCACCGUGCUAGCUCACGUCAAAACGGCACUGCUUGCAUCUUGCGACCUUGAGCAGACCAUCAUGUCUGGCUUCGUCUCGACCGCCUUUCUUGCCAACGUACCAUGGGAGACACGGUUGACAUCGCAACUCGGUGUCGCAAACGGAUACCAGAUGGCGUCCAAGCUUGCAUCGGUCAUUAAGGAUUGGCAAGCCCAGUAUCCCAGGCUUGCCUUGACCUCAUCGGCAGACCAGACCCAGGAUCUUUCGUGCAUACUGAUUCCUGUAGACAUUCCCUCAAUCACCAUCGUACACACGGCGGAUAUUCAACUCCUUCCAGAUUCGUCCACCGAUGCAACAAGCAAUGGUGGACAGAACCACAGGAUGCCGCAGGAGACUUGGAAAAUGAACGAGUUGAUCCCGUCAAACCUGCACCUCAAGUGGUCAAGGAUAUGGGACACAGGAGACGGAGAGAAAGAAGCCACCUCGCCACCUUCAAGAGACGCAAUCGAGUUUAGCUAUGAAGUCACGGCUCCUCAAGACACCUGGUUGAUUGGUGGGCGACGCAAGGGUCACUUUGUCAUACCGGGGUUGGAUGAGGAUGCGACAAAAGAGGAGAAGUUGGCGUAUGCGCUCGGGGCAUGCUCUACGCCCGACACGGAAGCUGACAUUGCCUUGCUGCUUGUACCGCUUCGUGAGGGCUGGCUUCCAUUCCCCAGCGUUGAGAUUCGGGAGGUGCGAAGUUUUGCUACAGGCACAACCGGCUCGCCAGAAGGGGAAGUCAAAACUCCUGGCGCCGCAGCUGAAAGAGGGGCCACCUUUGAGACGGAUUUCAAAAACUUGGGAGAAGCUAUUCAUGUCAUUGCAGACCGCCAUAGUGUUACUCUAAGUUUGGAUGCCAGUGGACCAGGGGGAGGUCCAUUAGUAUUGGGAAAUGAUUAA